GGGAGGGCGUGGCCAGGGUGGUCUUUAGGGAGGGGGAGGCCCAGAGCAGCUCGCCCGACCACUGUCCUGGUGUCGCCCCAGUAUAAAAGCUUCAAGUGCAGAUUCCUGAGCAUCAGUUCCUUUCUGCCAACUGAAAGAAGUAGCCAUGGCUUUCCAGUACUUCGUCCUCGCCGCUUUCGUGGCCGUCGCCCAGGCUGGUCUCCUGCCCGCCGCCCCCCUGGCCUACUCUGCCCCUAUCGCCAAGGCCGUGGCUGUGGACACCGACUUUGACCCGAACCCUAGCUACAGUUACGCCUACGACAUCCAGGAUGGUCUGACUGGCGACUCCAAGAACCAGCAGGAGACCCGCCAGGGUGACGUCGUCCAGGGCCAGUACUCCCUCAACGACGCUGACGGCACCCGCCGCAUCGUCGACUACACCGCCGACCCCGUCAACGGUUUCAACGCCGUCGUCCGCAAGGAGCCCCUGGCUGUCGCCGCCCCAGUCGUCAAGGCCAUUGCUCCCGCCCCUGUCGCAUACGCCGCGCCCAUCGCUAAGACCAUCGCCCCAGCUUACCAGACCUACGCUGCCCCUAUCGCCCACGCUGCUCCCCUUGCCUACUCCGGGAUAUCUACAGACUGA